UUCAAAGUUAAAAUCCUCAAAGAACCAACGAGAGAGAGAGAGAGAGAGAGAGAAAUGGCUUCAAGAAUCCAAAGGAGAGUGGCAUUGCGCCGGAAGUUUAAGUUACUGCGGUCGCUUACCCACUCCAAAUCGGUAAGGAAGAGCUCCAUUAUCCUGGACGCUCUUGACUAUAUUAGCCAACUCAAGAUCAAAUUGGAGGCCUUGAACGUUGAAUAUGCUAACCUCAUCCACCAUCCAAUUCAAGUCCCCACGGUGGUGAAAGUAGAGAAGAUUGAGAAGGGGUUCUUAGUGCGGGUGAAAUGCGAAAAAGGACGAGAUUUGCUUGUUUCGACUAUAGAGGCAUUGGAGCUGACAGGGCUUAUCGUGGUCCAUGCAAAGGUUUCGUGCAACCAGUCAUUUUGCAUGGAAGCCAUUGCCGAAGCUCAGGACCAGACUCAAGAUACCUGGGAUGUUAACGAAGCUGUCUUCAAUGCUAUUGCCAAGCACUUCAAUGGGGGGGAUAGAAUGAUAGAUAAGGCUUAACAGUUAUGUUUGUUAGUUUCAAUGAGAUCUCAUUAAUCUUAUGUCUGGUGGCAAGUGAGAGUUUUUUCCUUUUGAAUCUGGAGUAAAGCAUAAAUAGUAAAUAAAGUGGCACAACUAGACCGACCCA